AUGCUCAGAAAACAAGUCGCGGGUCUGCUGUCUGCUAUUCAUGACGGCAACUAUAAUGAGGUCACUGCUUUGUUGCUCAAAUAUGGAAUUCAGUUAUCUAGUAGUGACCUGCAGCGCCCUCUUCAGAUCGCCAUUGAGAAAGGAAACGUGAGUUUGGCAAAGAAAUGGAUAGAUGCCGGUGCAGAUGUGCAGAUGUGUCUAAGAGGUCCAUACGGCGAUUCAAUUAUGGCUGCUGCGGUUGCAACAGGCUCACCGGAUUUCUGUGCGCUGCUCAUCGAGUCUCAUGCCGAUCUAGAGGGAGAUCGAGGUACACAUGCGCUUCUGGUCGCUGCAUCAAACAACGACCUGCGCAUGUUGGAAUAUCUGCUGUCCAAAGGCGCAAACCCCAACUGGGAUAACCCCUGUGAGCCGAAUCGCCUUUCACCAGUCGCAAAAGUAUUCGAACCCUGUUGUCCUGCCGAUCGCUGGCCCGAAGUCCGGCAGAGCCGGGAAAAGAUUUUCAGCGUCUUACUUCAACACGGGGCAAAACUCAAAGGCGUUGCAUUUCCGGGGCAUGUCUGCAGCAUGCCUUUGCGUAUGCUCCAGCGGCUGUGCGAAUACGGUUGGGAGGUGAACCGACGGCUUCCGGAAAAGGACUCCUUGCUGCAGUACGCGACAGAGGAUCAAAUGGAAGACGUUGUCGAGCUGCUCCUCGACACAGAUGCGGAUAUAAAUGCGCCACCGGCCCCGACCAGGGGCAACACAGCUCUACAGAUCGCCGUCAGUAAACGGAAUGUGCGCUUGGUCAAGCUUUUCCUGUCCAAGGGGGCUGAUGUCAACGGGCCGCCGAGUCCAGAGCAUGGUGCCACGGCCCUGCAGCGAGCCGUCAUGGUAGGAUCCAUGCCCAUCUUUGUUCUGCUCCUCGAAAACGGGGCCGAUGUGAAUGCGCCGGCUGCCCUGAUUGGUGGACGAACCGCUUUGGGGGCGGCAGCAGAGUAUGGCCGUCUUGACAUGUCCCAUAUCCUUUCACACAAGAACAAAGAACCAGAGACGCUUUGGCUUCGCUGUCAGCGCGCAGCCAAGCUGGCUGCUUCGCACGGCUUUCCGAUUCUAGCAAGGGAGUUUCGCGAGUGGAAGAUAUCGGGGUUCGACAAGCCAUGGGAAAGAGAUUUCUAUGCGCAAUUUGAGGUUUCUAGUCGUUGA